AUGGAAGCAAUGGGAGAAUGGAGCAACAACCUCGGAGGAAUGUACACAUAUGCAACCGAAGAAGCCGAUUUCAUGAACCAGCUCCUUACCUCAUACGAUCAUCCUGGCACCGGCUCAUCCUCUGGUACAGCCAGUGCAGACCACCACGGCUUGUGUUGGAGCCUUGGUUCUCAUCACAACCACCUUACCAUGAUGCCUGAAGCCAGUAGCUUCUGUUUUUCUGGUGAGAGCAGCAGCUACAGCGAAUACUAUGCGGUGGCACCACCCGCGGUUAGAGAGAACAACAAUGGGUCAAUGGACUUUGACAUGGUAGAUGUGACCAUCAACACCAACUCUUACCUUGUUGGUGAGGAGACUAGUGAGUAUGACGUUGAGAAGUACUCAUCUGGAAAGACUCGUUUGCCUUUGGGAGCCGUCUUGGAGACCCACGAUGACGAGGAGAGCAUAUUGCAGCCCGAGAUCUCUGUGACUACUACUGAUCAUCAGAAGUAUCUCACCGGUUCCAAGAAGAGAUCACGUGCGACAUCCGUUGAUAAAAACAAGAAAUCAAAAGUGGGUAAGAGGGGCCAAAAGAGCUUUGAUAUGAGUGGCGAUGACAGGAAUGGAGGGGAAGAGGAAGAAGGAGAGAAGGUGAAGAAAAGAAAGACUGGGCCUAUGAUGAGUAGACAGAACUCUAGCAUCACUUUAUGUUCUGAAGACGAAUCACACUGCGCUUCCCAGGACGUUGGAGGAGAAGAAGAAGAAGAUGCCUCCAAGGCCCUAAACCUCAACGGCAAGACCAGGGCUAGUCGUGGUGCUGCCACCGACCCUCAAAGCCUUUACGCAAGGAAAAGAAGAGAAAGGAUUAACGAGAGACUGAGGAUUUUGCAAAAUCUUGUCCCUAAUGGAACAAAGGUCGAUAUCAGUACAAUGCUUGAGGAAGCCGUUCACUACGUCAAAUUUUUACAGCUGCAAAUUAAGUUAUUAAGCUCUGAUGAUAUGUGGAUGUAUGCGCCGAUUGCUUUCAACGGAAUGGACAUUGGCCUCAACUCAUCAAGAUGCGGAACUUCUGGUCAAUUAUAA